CGUUCUUUCGACCAAUCUACCGUUUGCGUGCUGCAUUGAUAGCACAAAGUCACAUAACUAGCUCCACAGCUAUCAUCCCCAUCUGUUUGCGCCGCCAUGAAGGUCGCCGCAUACGCCUCCCUGAUCGGAGCCGCCACGGCUGCUGUCACUCCUGGCCAGUCCAUCCUCAAGGCCCCCAAGCAGGCUUCUGAGGCGUGGUCUAAGCCUCUGCACAACUUGCAGGAGUCUCUCAAGUCCUUGACCGGCGAGGCUCGCCAGGUUUGGGAUGAGGUCGCCCUCAUGUUCCCCGAAGCCAUGGACCAGACCAGCUUCUUCUCGCUGCCCAAGCCCCACUCCCGCAAGCAUGACAACGAGUGGGACCAUAUCAUGAAGGGUGCCGACGUCCAGAGCGUCUGGGUCGAGAACGCCCAGGGCCAGAAGGAGAGAGAGAUUGAGGGCAAGCUCGAGAACUACAGCCUGAGAACCAAGAAGGUUGACCCCAGCCAUCUCAAUGUUGACAAGGUCAAGCAAUACAGCGGUUAUCUUGACGAUGAAGAGGAUGACAAGCACUUGUUCUACUGGUUCUUCGAGUCCCGCAACGACCCCAAGAACGAUCCCGUCAUUCUUUGGCUCAACGGCGGCCCUGGUUGCUCGUCCUUGACCGGUCUCUUCAUGGAGCUUGGCCCUUCAUCCAUCAACAAGGAUGGCAGCCUCAAGUACAACCCUUCGUCAUGGAACGCCAACGCCUCGGUCAUCUUCCUUGACCAGCCCGUCAACGUCGGCUAUUCUUACAGUGGCGGCUCUGUCACCAACACUGUCGCUGCCGGCAAGGAUGUCUACGCUCUGUUGACCCUCUUCUUCAAGCAGUUCCCCGAGUACGCUAGCCAGCCUUUCCACAUCUCUGGCGAGUCCUACGCUGGUCACUACAUUCCCGUCUUCGCCUCCGAGAUCCUUUCUCACAAGAAGCGUAACAUUAACCUUCAGUCCGUUCUCAUCGGCAACGGUCUUACCGAUGGCCUUACCCAGUACCCUGAGUACCGUCCUAUGGCUUGUGGCGAGGGUGGCUCUCCCGCCGUUCUCGACGCUCAACAGUGCCAGGCCAUGGACAAUGCCCUGCCCCGUUGCUUGAGCUUGAUCCAGAGCUGUUACGACAGCGAGAGCGUUUGGUCUUGUGUCCCUGCCUCCAUCUAUUGUAACAACGCCAUGAUCGGUCCUUACCAAAAGACCGGUCGCAACCCUUACGACAUCACCAAGAAGUGCGGUAGUAACAGCCUCUGCUACGACGAGCUCGACUGGAUUAGCGAGUACCUCAACAAGCCCGAGGUCAUGAAGGCUCUCGGCGCUGAGGUUAGCAAGUACGAUUCCUGCAACUUUGACAUUAACAGAAACUUCCUCUUCGCCGGUGACUGGAUGCAACCCUUCCACCGUCUCGUCCCUGGCAUCCUUAAGGAGAUCCCUGUCCUCAUCUAUGCUGGUUCGAGAGAUUUUAUUUGUAACUGGCUUGGAAACCAAGCCUGGACCGAGGCUCUUGAGUGGCCUGGCCACAAAGACUUCAAAAAGGCCCCCCUCGAGGACUACACCCUCCUCAAAGACGGCUCCGUUGCCGGUGCCAUCAAGAGCUCCGGAAACUUUACAUUCCUCAGAAUUGACGGCGGAGGACAUAUGGUUCCCUACGACCAACCUGUCGCUUCCUUGGAGAUGGUCAACAGAUGGGUCGCUGGCGAGUGGCUCGCUUAAGCAGAAUAUCGUCUACGCUCUUCCAACAUUGGCAUCACCGGCCGAGGUCAAAGCGCAUGUAUCAUACCACCUGCUUGGAGCAGCAGAUGCACAUUUUCCUAUGUACAAGUAAUAGCAUCCAAACUCUUUUAUAUACGCGAUCGUAUAUCAUGUUUCCCAAAUGUAGAACAGAGACACGACGAAGUAACGCGAUUUCGCAUCGUUAAAUCAAAAUUCGAAUUGUGCAAAUUCGAAUGCACAAGAGAUUGCCACAGACAUUACAGCUACGCA